AAUUAAUAAAUAUAUGAUAAGGGCUACUAAAAGUAGAAUAUGUGACAAAAUUAUGGAGUUAUUAUAGAAAUUAGUAUAUUGACUUACAUUUUUAAUUCAUGAGAAUUAAAAAUACAUAAAAAAUCCAUUUAAGAUAUAUCACGGGUAUUGUGGUAUUAUGUAGUCAUAGAUCUUGGAUCUCUGUACCAUACUAAACAAGUUACUCAUGGAUAUUCGGAGAUUUUUAAUCACUGGACCAUAGCCUACCAAACACAUUGAUCUUAGAUCACCGGGGAUCAAAUCACCCCAGCAUUCGGAUCACCGUGGUGAUCCUGUUGGGGUUACCAAACGCCCCCUUAGCCAUUUGUCCUUGGGGUUUGAUGUCCUCCUCGAGGAUGACCACGGCAAAUGGUUGUAGUCUACGGAUUUUUAGGUUUCACAUUUGUCUUCCAAUAUGUUUCUUCCAAAAGACUCUUUUCAUUUGUAACAAACUUUCAAAUCACCUCAUUAGUGUGAACUAAUUUCAGAAGAAAAGGACACCAUGGUUGCCAAUCAUUCAGAUCCAGUCAGUCUUAUAUUUUAAUUUGUCAGUUUCUUACGGAACCCUUAGAUGAUUAUUCUGUGCCUUUGUUCUCUAAUGUGCAUCUAGACUAAUAGAAAAGGACCAAAUGGUUCCUAGAUUUUGAUGCAUCCAUCUCUCACAAUUAAGAUGUUUUCAUUAAGUGGGGAGCCAGAAGAAUGGCUCUUUCUGCAAUCCUUUACAAUGGGAAAGAGUUCUACCAAAAGUUGUGCAGAUAGAGGAAACCCACAUCAUGGCUAACAACCUGCGUUCCUUGCUUCCAUGGGUUCUUUGCUCUGUGUUCAUGAUUGAUGCUGCUAUAGGGGUGAGGAAGGACUCAAGUUCCAGUCAUGGCACUCGUGAUUCAGCUUCACUGGGCCUCGUUCAAGCUCCAACCUCGAGUGACAAGGGUACAUGCAAAUCCCGCGUGGAGAUUUAUGGCUACGAGUGCGAAGAACACCAUGUGACAACAAAAGAUGGUUACAUUCUCAGCAUACAGAGGAUUCCAAAUGGUCGUUCUGCUACAACCCAAAGAGCAAGGAAGACACCAGUCUUGCUACAACAUGGGGUCUUCAUGGAUGGGAUCACAUGGCUGAUGAGUUCGCCGGACGAAUCGCUGGGCUACAUCUUGGCGGACAAAGGAUAUGAUGUGUGGAUCUCCAAUAGUCGUGGAACAAAAUACAGCCUCCAGCAUACCAGACUUUCUCCCAGGGACCCGGCAUACUGGGAAUGGUCAUGGGAUGAGCUUGUGGCAUUUGAUCUUCCUGCCACCUUUGAAUAUGUGUAUCGCCAUACAGGCCAUCAGAAACUUCACUAUGUUGGGCAUUCUCAAGGAACCUUGAUGGCCCUCGCAUCCUUCUCUGAGCAUCACUUACUGCACAUGGUAAGGUCAGCUGCCUUGCUCUGCCCAAUAGCCUAUAUGAACGAGGUGAAAUCCCCCAUUGCCCGAAACGCAGCCUAUGCCUUCGUCGCAGAAACCUAUUACUGGCUGGGUACUUACGAGUUCGAUCCGCUUGGAGAUGCUGCACAUAGGCUUAUUUCGGAAAUCUGCAGCCGACCUGAUGUCAAUUGCAAUGAUAUGGUAACAUCCUUCACAGGAAAAAACUGCUGCCUUAAUACUUCUUAUGUCCCGAUUUUUCUUGAGCAUGAACCACAGUCAACUGCAACAAAGAACCUGAUCCACUUGGCUCAGAUGAUUAGAAGAGGCACCAUAACAAAAUACGACUAUGGUAAUUACGAUGAGAACAUGAAGCACUAUGGCCAAGUCGUUCCCCCAGCCUACAACAUGUCCUCCAUCCCCAGUGAUCUCCCUUUGUUCCUCAGCUAUGGGGGCCGAGACUAUCUAUCCGUUGUUGCAGACGUCAAGCACUUGCUGCAAGGGCUCAAAUUGCAUGACAAAACCAAGUUGACGGUUAAGUAUCGUCCACACUAUGCCCAUGCAGACUUUGUGAUGGCCGUCAAUGCGUAUCGACUUGUCUAUCGUCCACUUAUUGCCUUCUUCAAGCGUCAUUGAGCUUGUGAUCUCAUUUAAUUGUUUUAUUUUGAUUCCAAUUGGUUAUUUAGGAUAGGUAAAACGCGAUCAUUUCAUAUGAACCAUACAUAGAUUUCACCAAGAUGAUGAUGUUGUUAGGCCUAAAUAUCAUUGUUAGAAUUGUUUAGCAUAUAUUUCCUUCAAAAAAAAAAGAAUAAAAGGAAAAAACAAUUCACAGUGUUCUGAUCUUU